GUCCCGUAAGUAUGCUGCUGGACCGCGCUCCUAUCAAGUGCACACAAAUGUUUUUUUGGAAAUGUCCUCUGCGGUUGCUUCCUCCAAUCAGCCUGUUUUGCACACACCCCCCCUGCAAGGAUGAGUGUUUCUUUCGUUUUCAUUUCCCGGAAGGCUCGAAUGUGAAAAUUGUAGACUUUUUAUUUCUUCGAAAGUUAAAUGCAUGCCUCAUUUAAAAUGGACUUCGGGGAGUUUUGAUCUGCAGAUUAUUUCAUUUAUUGGACGAGUUGUAUGUCUGCUUACAAGGAAGUCAUCCAGUUUUUUCGGACGGUUGAACAGAUAAAGAACAUUUCCAUGGAGAACAUUUCCCAGUCACCUUUGGUCAAGCAAGAAAACAGAGCAAGCUGUUCUACAUCCAUAACCCAUGGAGUGCAAGUAAGCAAUCCUCUCAAUGUGCAUCACUCCUCCCCUAACCAGUUUCCUUUGGUCGGUCCCCCCUCUCAGGAAGACCUGUGGCAUCUACCUGGACGGCUGCGAAUAAACCCAUCUCUGUGGGAUAAGGAGGACGUUGCCCACUGGCUCUACUGGGCUCAGAAGGAGUAUUCACUGCGGCGGCCUGAAAAGGGGCGCUUUGAGAUGAACGGUCGAGCCCUGUGCCUGCUCACAAAAGAAGACUUCAGACGCCGCUGUCCCAGCUCAGGUGAUGUUCUGUAUGAGAUCUUACAGUGUGUAAAGCAGCAAAGGAGGAGUGUUGUCUGUGACCCCUCAAACACGUCUUCCUCCACGGCAACUGGGCACACUGAGAGCCCAGUCAGCUGCCAGAUACCCCCUCAGGAUGUCCAAGAGCCCCAGCCUUCCCCGGUGAAUGGCACCCAAGUUUCCCUCGCUUUCACAACUCCAGUGUCGGCAGCUGUUGUAGCCACUGUGACCAGCCAGCCCCAGCCCAUGUCACCUCUCAGAAAUCGUCCCCCGAUCCUUUACACCUGCCCUGCUCCACUCACAAGUACUAAUGGAUCAGCAGAUGUCGUCCAGUGUCCUACCCGAAAAGAGAGCAUCACCCAGGAGCCGCUCAACCUGUCCAGUCGAGAGAAGCCAAGGAGCCCGCUGCACAAAGCCAACGGUCGCAUUCCAGAGUGCAGACUGCUGUGGGACUAUGUCUAUCAGCUGCUGUGUGACGACCGUUACCAAGAAUACAUCCGAUGGGAAGACCAGGACAGCCUGGUGUUCAGGGUGGUCGACCCCAACGGACUGGCACGUCUCUGGGGAAACCACAAGAACCGAGACAAUAUGACCUAUGAGAAAAUGUCCCGUGCUUUGCGUCACUACUACAAGCUCAACAUCAUCAAAAAGGAGCGGGGGCAAAAACUUCUUUUCAGGUUUCUGAAACUCCCACAGGGCGUCAGGAAACUACAGGCUGACCCUGCUGAGUCACCAGAACACAGCCCACCUCAGGACGGGGACUUUCCAAACGGCAGUCCUACACAUGAGUUCAGUGAGGACAAUUUUGAGGUUUCCCCUGAUCGUGCUUCUCCACAGCCUCCUCCAUAGGAAAAAAAAAAGAUUGUUAAAUGUCCUAAAUACAAUACAACAAGACAAAUUAUUACAGAAUAAAAUGGAGAUUGUCAGAAAAUAACCCACACAUGUACAGGUUUAAAGGACCAGUGUGUAAGAUUGGCAGAAUAAAGCCAAAAUGGAAUAUUAAUAGAAUUGUUUUCAUUAGGGUAUCUAAAUCUAAUGUACCUGAAACUAAGAGUUGUAUUUGUUGCUUUAAAAUGAGCCCUUUAUAUCUACAGAGGGAGCGGGUCCUUUUCCACUGAGUCUGCCAUGUUUCUACUGUUACCCAGAACGAACAAACCAACCACUUUCUCUAAAGGGGGCCUUUUGUGUUUUUGGCGAGUUUAGCGGCCACUGUAGGUUCUGGGAACGGGAGGCGUAGGGGAAGGGUUAUCACUUGGUUGAAAUAUGCAGCCUCACUGCUUGAUGCCACACUGGUCCUUUAACAAAAUGUGCAGUUAUGUGAAUAGUUAGGAAUGUUUGGACUGUGAGAUAGCUUUUCAUUUUGCUGUGAAUCAACGUAUGUAUGACAGUGAUCAGGGUAAACACUAAAAUUAAGGGAUGACGGAAAUUAUGAAAGUAAUCACAUCAAUAUUCAAACAAACCAACCAAUCAUCAGAAACUAAAUUUCUCAGGUUUGCUCAGUAUAAUUGCAGUACAAAAGGUUAUUAUUCAGAUACUAUAUAGGUCUUGCAGAGAAGUGGUGGAAACUGUUGAAGUUGUUGCAGUUUGUUUUGUGAUCGUUUGUGUUCGCACAAAAACAUGUGUUGCAGGUUAAAUGCCAGUUUGUACAGUUUAUUUUACAAAUAGUUUGCUUUAUUGACCCCAAGUCGAGGUAUUUAAGUUUGAAAUUUGAUUCAAUGUAUAGAUUGAUUGUCAAUGUUUUUCCUGCUUUGUAAAAUAAAUAUUUUGUAUCGUACCUCCCUAAUUUGACAAAUA